GUUAAUAUAUGCUGAGUCAACGAUAAAUCAUGCAGGCCCUCUUCCCACAAACUUCCCUCUUCAACUCCUACAUCCCUUCCAAUUGUCCUUCUUCCUUUCCCCAUCUCCAUCUGCAUAAUUCCAACUCCAUCCCAUCGCAAAUACUUGAGUUCUUCAUCUUCACAAGAAAGCAGCUUCAUUCAAGGAGGAGGGGGAGAAGAGGAAGAAGGGGAACUUAAACCGAUAAAUGUCGAACCACGAUCCCGAGGCCAAAGUCCAGUCGCCGCCUGCUGCGGCAGCAACGGCCAAUAAUUCUCCAUAUCCACAUGUGUAUCCAAACUAUCCUUAUGUCUACUGUAAGGACAGCUCUGACAAGCGGAGGACCGUGUGGCUGGUCCCGAUGGUUGUGGUGGCUGAGAUCGUCUUCUUCGUCAUCGUUAUGUUCGAGAACAAUUGCCCCAAGAACUAUGAUGGGGGCUCCAUAUUCGCGCAGCGUCAUCGCUGCGUGGCGAGGUUCCUCGGGCGGCUUUCCUUUCAGCCGUGGAAGGAGAACCCUCUCCUCGGCCCCUCAACUGCCACGUUGAUCAAGGUAGGGGCACUGCACUGGUGGAGGGUAGUACACGGCGGGCAAGCUUGGAGACUGUUUUCCGCUAUCUGGUUGCAUGCUGGUCUCAUUCACCUGUUUGUCAACCUGUUGAGCGUCAUCUUCAUCGGGAUUCGCCUCGAACAGCAAUUCAGUUUUUUGAGAGUGGGGAUAAUCUAUGUCUUGUCGGGAUUCGGAGGCAGCGUUCUUACCUGCAUAUUCCUUCAGGGCAAUGCGUCUGUUGGUGGCUCAGCCCCUCUCUUCGGCCUUCUCGGGGCUAUGCUAGCUGAGCUCCUCAUUAACUGCAGCAUCUACACCAACAAGAUAGCAGCUGUCUUCACGCUAGCAGUCGUCGGGGCCAUCAAUGCCGCCCUCGGGAUCCUACCCCACGUGGGCAACUUCAGCAACAUCGGAGGGUUUGCAAUGGGCUUUUUCCUCGGCUUCAUUCUGCUCAUUCAACCUCAUUACAAUUGGUCUGAGAGAGGGCACGGAACCGCCCGUAACCGUAUCAUGUCCAAGAACAGGCCCUACCAGUACAUUCUGUGGCUAGUGGCCCUCAUUUUACUGAUAGGCGGGCUUACGAUCGGAUUGGUGAUGCUGUUCAAAGGAAAGGAUGGAAACAAACAUUGCAGCUGGUGCCACUAUUUGAUUUGUGUCCCUACUUCUAAAUGGAAAUGUGAUGCGUGACAGUAUAGCUUACAUUGAAAUACACACAUCGUGAUAGUUUUUCCUUUUUACCCUUUCUGGUGUAAUAUAUAUAUGUCUAGAUUAGAAAAGUUUAUUAUAGGUACUGCUACUUAAAUGCGAUUUCACCUUUGAUUAUGAACCAGUA